AUGGAGGUCGACGAUACGUCUAUAAUCGAAGCGUCUAUAAUCGAAGAGGUUGUCGAAACGGCGUCGUGUACUGUUGAGGAUGAGGUUGAGGAGGUUGAGGAUGAGGUUGGCGAUGGUAAAGAUGACGUCUCGGUUUCAGUGGAGGGUGACGUCAAACUGAUCCACGAGGAUUUCGAACUGCUGGAAGGAGAUGAUGCCGGCAGCAUCGAGUCAGUGAUGGUGCUCGACACAACGUCAGCAGAAGCUGACGAAUACGUUACGCUUGUUGUAAUAGCGUCAGGAGUCGACCCACUGGCCAUCACCUCGGCCAUUUGCGACGACGGUGCCAAUGUUGUCGAGAAAGACAUGACCGGAUUUGGCGAAGAUACCGUGUUGCCUGACGAAUCCUCAUGA